AUGCAUUUAAUGUACUAUCAUGAUGACAAGGGAAAUCGAGUUUAUACUCUCAAGAAAUUCAAUCUCCAAGGUGGAAUCACUAAAUCGGCUCACCCCGCAAGAUUUUCACCGGACGAUAAAUUUUCUCGUCAUCGAGUUACGUUGAAAAAACGAUAUAAGAUCUUAUUGACUCAAACCCCUGCAAAGCCUAUGUAA